AUGUCCACGACAUGGUCCAAACGGGUGGUCCAGACGUCUCCAGGACCUGCGGGACAUGAUUCUGAGGAUGAGCAGCUCGAAUCAGCACAGUCGGACUGCAAGAAGGGCAUGCGAAUCAACGACAUUGCAGCUAUUUGUGAUGUGCCAGCUGCUCAAGUCGUGCUGCUGGGGCAGGACGAUGAGUGGAGUCGAAUGGUCAAACGUUUGACGAAGGAUCCGGCAGAACUUUGCUGCUGCAUCUCCCAGGAGCUCUUCGAAAAUCCUGUGGUGGCGGAAGACGGCAACACCUAUGAGAUGCAGUACAUUCAGAAGUGGCUGGCGGAGGAGAGCCGGAGUCCUUUGACAGGUGCGACACUCAACAAACCGGUGCAGCUCCUUCGGAACCGGGACAUGAUGUCGAGAAUCAUCUCUUUCAAGGAGGAGAUUGUCGCAGAAAUUCUUUCGAUUGCACCUCUUCUGCUGAAAGCGGAGUUCUUUGAGGCCCUUGAACGUUUGCUGCAGAGAGCGGAGUGCUUUGUGAGGCCUCUCUUUGUCAAUGAUGAUAAUGAUGAUGCAUCAGCCCGCAAGAAGCUGCUCAGGUUGCUAACGAUCAGGAUGAGGAUGCCUCCCACAGAUGAAGUGCAUGCAGCAAGAGAAGAGGUUCACAAGCUGCUUGAUCAAGUGGCAGAUCGUCAUAUCGAAGCAUUGCUAUGUGGAAUCGAAGAGUCGGAGCUUCGCGGCUUGCUUUGCAAAGUUGAAUGCGACAUGCUAGAAAGCCUUCACAGCAAGAUGAAGGCAUCAAAUCAUAUCUGCAGACAUUGGAUCGACCACGAGCUAGCCUGCAGACUUGCAACUUUGCUAGGGGAAGAUUGCUGUUUCGAGGAGCUUUGGCAAUUGCUGGAAAAUGGCAAUGAUCGGCGGUUCCAGCAGCUGUGGGCAAUGCUGGUCCAAAAUUGCCAUCAUGAUGGGCCAUUGAACUGCUAUCAUGAGCAGCAACAGUGGGCAAAGGCUGCAGGAGUUGUAUUGGCAACGUGUGCAGACAGAGUCAAAACCCCUCUCCAUCAGCUGGACUUGGGGGUACUGAACCAUGCUCACGGCUUUCUCAACAAGCACAAGCAAGCUCUGGAUUUUGCAGAGAGCUUUUUUAGAUAUGACUUUGGGAUUGCUGAUGAAGAAGUAUGGCCUCCAUCACCAUCAGCAAGGAUAGUCAUGGAAUUGGCAGAGCGCAGCUGCCAACAGGAAGAGAAACUCCAAUUGCUACUGAGGGCAUACAGGAUUUGUGCCUCUGAUGCAUUGAUCCGAAGAGCCUUGCUAGAUGCAUUUCAUUGCCAGUUCUUGGAUUCAGAUAGCCCAAGUGCCUGCACCACUGCCGAUGUUGAAGAGUUGUACCUUCAACUGAUCUCGCAGGAAGAAAGAACGAUUCCUAUGGAUGUCAUUCACAAGCUCUCUUUCAAGGAAUCCUGCCUGCAGCAUUUCAAGGGAGACCUUAUGCUUUUGGCAAAGCAACUUCGCCAAGCAGGUAGAAGUGCUGAUGGAGGUCGUGUCGCAGUGAUGUUGGCACAACGUCUUGCCAAGGAUGGCGAGAAUGAAAGGGCAGAGGAUGCUUUCUUCUUCGCCUUUCGUUUGGAUCCUGCCAAUUCUGAUGCAGCUAAUGGCCUCUGGGAUUUUGCACAGCUGGUGAUUGCGACAAAGAAAACUGGGAAUAGACUGCCAAGCUGUGGCCCCAGAAUCCUCAGUGAGAUGGUCGAGUCCCAGAAGUUGCUGGAGUGGAACUUGAGUGAAAAAGACUUCACGAAGCUCAAAGCUGAUGGUAUGGACAGCCAAAAGUUCCGAAUCUCCAGAAGAGUCAUAGCUUGGAUGAGCAUCUUCCCACAAGAACCAUAUCCAAAAUGCAUUCUCAAUCUCAAUCGAGCUGCGGAUGUGAAGUUGAGGGUGUUAGUAGGGAAUUCGACGCAGGAUGUUGAGAUUUGCAACGGAAUGAAAUUCCAAAGCUUCUACCUUGGUAGCCAUUCUGACCUUUCCGACCGCAUGACUGUUUACUCACUGUGA